UCUGCAGGAAUGAUUGCCGCUAUCAGUCUCGAGCUCACCGCCUGGCUGAGGAGGUGAAAGUUUCUCCACAGGAAGAUAAACCACAAAAGACAAUAUUGUACAUGAUUUGCGUUUGCAGUUAAGGAGAGGGAGAGGAAAAAGAUCCCUUUCAGAAAAAAAAAAAUUAAAUAGAAACCUGAAAAGGGAGUUUGCAAACCUCUCGUAUAGAGUAAGUCUCACAUUUUUUCAGAAAAGCCAGUGGUGAGAAUUUUGUAUUUUUUAAUUUUUACAGUCGUUUCAGAGGCGCAAAGUAAACAUGCUUCUGGACGCAGGACCACAGUAUCCUACCAUAGGAGUGACUACCUUCGGAUCCUCUAGACAUCACUCAACAGGCGAUGUCACCGACAGAGAAGUGGGGUUGGGAAUAAACCCGUUUGCAGAUGGGAUGGGGGCUUUUAAAAUCAACCACAGUACCCACGAUCUUGCCGCUGGCCAAACUGCAUUUGCAUCCCAGGCGCCCGGGUAUGCUGCGGCGGCUCUGGGGCAUCAUCACCAUCCUACCCAUGUCAGCUCGUAUUCCACUGCGGCUUUCAAUUCAACCCGGGACUUUCUGUUUCGAAACCGGGGGUUUGGAGAAGCGGCUAGCGCACAGCACAGCCUUUUUGCCUCUGCUGCAGGAAGUUUUGCGGGGCCUCACGGGCACACAGAUGCUGCAGGACACCUACUUUUCCCCGGACUUCACGAACAGGCGGCCACUCACGCCUCUCCAAAUGUUGUUAACAGCCAAAUGCGCUUAGGCUUUUCUGGGGACAUGUAUGGCAGGGCAGACCAGUAUAGCCAGGUUACUAGUCCCAGAUCCGAUCACUAUGCAUCGACCCAGCUGCACAGUUAUGGUCCCAUGAACAUGAACAUGGCCGCCCACCAUGGUGCGGGGGCCUUUUUUCGUUACAUGAGGCAGCCCAUCAAACAAGAACUUAUUUGCAAAUGGAUUGAACCCGAGCAAUUGGCAAACCCCAAAAAGGCUUGCAACAAAACUUUUAGCACAAUGCACGAGCUCGUUACUCACCUCACAGUAGAGCACGUUGGGGGACCCGAGCAAGCGAAUCAUAUCUGUGUUUGGGAAGAGUGUCCCAGAGAAGGAAAACCCUUCAAAGCCAAGUAUAAACUUGUAAAUCAUAUCCGAGUACACACCGGCGAGAAACCAUUCCCGUGCCCGUUUCCUGGCUGUGGCAAAGUAUUUGCAAGAUCCGAAAAUCUCAAGAUACACAAAAGAACACACACAGGUGAAAAACCAUUUAAAUGUGAAUAUGAAGGCUGUGACAGGCGAUUUGCGAACAGCAGCGACCGGAAGAAACACAUGCAUGUGCAUACGUCGGACAAACCGUAUCUCUGCAAAAUGUGCGACAAGUCCUACACUCACCCCAGUUCCCUCAGAAAACACAUGAAGGUUCACGAGGCUUCUUCACAAGCACCCCAGCCCUCCCCAGCAGCCAGUUCAGGUUACGAAUCCUCCACUCCACCAACAAUCCUGUCUCCUUCAACAGAAAACCAGAGUGGCAGCUCCAUAUCACCAGCGUCUUCAACAGUCCACCACACGUCCGGUCACAGCACGCUGUCAUCAAAUUUUAAUGAAUGGUACGUUUAAAAUAUCUUAAAAAAAAAAAAAAAAAAAAAAACCUGCAGAAAUAUGACUGAUUGGAAUCAAAGACUAACAAAGCCGCUCAUAAACGUGGACCGACAAAAAAAAAAAAAAAAAAAAAAAAACCAAAAUAUUUUGCAAAGGCUGUUUAGAAGAUAAGGGGCAAUGCAUGGACGAGGUGCAGACGGAAUGUUAAGUUUAUAGGGUUUGAAGGAACUACACACAAGAGAUCUCAAAUUGCAUGUAUCAGCGGGUAGCGGCCUGUUUUUGUAAAUAAAGAUUUACUAGAUUUAAUAUGUAAUGUUUUAUUUUGUAAAUAGUCAUAUCACAAUUUAAGGGAAUUUGUGAAAAUGUGGUCUAGAUAUACGGGAAGGGGAAAUGGUUAACGCGAUUAUUAGUCUGCAUUGAAAACAAUGUAAUAGUUAAUAUGUACCAAAUGUGAAUGACUCUGUGUUAUUACAGUCUACACGUCGACCUAACAGAGUAUUAGUAUCAAUGUGCUUUUGUAUACAGUGCAAACAUUUCGUCCCAAAGUCCAGUCUGUAGUGCAGUAAAAUGUUGUUAUUAAAUGUCAUGUCGAUGCAUCGUAUAGUAAAAGCCUGAAUCUCCGUGUCAAUCUGUUUAUGUAAGAAGUACUAUUAAUAAUAAAAUAUAUAUCUGUUCAAUGCCA